CAGGGAGGAGACGCGGAGUCAAGCAGGGAGGGAAACACCUAGGUCCCGAGGGCCUCGCACCUGAGCCUCACUGGUGGGAGAGGAACCGAGCUGGGCCGGACAGGGGCGGGGCCCGAGCCACAAACCAAUCAUCUCGGCCCGGGCGUCUUCCCUCCGACUCCGGCUCCCACCCCACCUUACCCCUUCCUCCCCCUCUGGGCCACGAGACCGCCUCGGUCUUUUCCGUUCGCCUUUCGGCUUCUUUCGGCUCUCUCCCUCGAGAGAACUGGGAACUCGGGGAAAAGAGUUUGUCGCCGUUCCUUCCGGGACUGGGAGGCCGGCGGGCGGGCUCCUGGGGGGCUAGGCUGGCGGAGCCGCACGCGGCUGCCGGAGCUGCCGCACUCACCUGGGCUAAGGGCCGGUGCCAAGCGCAGCUCCCACUCCUGCGGCGGGGAGUGGCGUGGUCGCCCCCUCCCGGGGGUCGUCCUCUCUAGUUCUCCUUGGACCUGGUUGGCGCUCUGAACCUCUGCCGCGGGAAGGAGGGGAGUGCUGCUUCUGAGAGGAGGAGGUGGUGUAGUGCCGGGUAUUGGGGGUGGGCUCUGGGGGGAGAGGGGCUCACCCGUCCCCUCUGGGAAUAUGGCGACCGGUGGCUACCGGACCAGCAGCGGCGGCAGCGGCGGCGGCACUACUAGUACCACCACUGCGGACUUCUUGGAGGAAUGGAAGGCAAAGAGAGAGAAGAUGCGAGCCAAGCACAACCCCCAGGGUCAGAUAAUGGUCCCCUCCGGCGUGGGGGGAGGAGGAGGCGGUGUGGGUAACGAGGGGGGGGUCAGCAAGCCGCUGGCUGGAGCGCUGGGGGCUCCCCCCGCCUCUGCUUCGCCCGCCACCCCGGCUAACGAGUUUAACAACAAUCGCCCCCCCAGCGCGCCGGCACCUGCUAACCUCGCCCCCGGGGGCGUCAAUCACACCCUCACCUCUUCUGUCCCAGCUCCGGCCCGAGUCUCCCCCGACCCCCGGAAAACCGAGGAGGAGCUCCCCACCACCUCAGCGGCAGGGGGUGCUCCCGGGGCACCCCCCAUGUCACACACUGCCCCGUCGGGGAGCCGAGCCAGUCCAGAUCUGGGGGCACAGCCCUCUUCGGGCGACAGGGAGGACCGGGACAAUGCCAAAGAGAAAGGGAAGAGCUCUGGCCCCAGUGCCAGAAAAAGCAAGGGGCAGAUCGAGAAGAGGAAGCUUCGGGAGAAGAGGCGAUCCACGGGAGUGGUGAAUAUUCCCGCGACUGAGGGUCUAGAUGAAUAUGAAGAUGAUGAAGAGGGCCAAAAAGAGAGGAAAAGAGAAGAUAUUAUCACACAACAGAAUACAAAACAGAAUGAAGCUGCAACCUCAGACCCUGGGGGUUCAUCCCUGUUACAGGAAACAUCUAAGUCUCCUUCAAGUAGACACAAAAGGUUAUCGUGGUACUUCAGUAUAGAAGAGAAGAGAUGUGCAAAUAUCACUCCUGAAGAUGAUUUCUCAAGUCGACAUGCUCGAACAGAAAAGAAAGGAUCUAGACACAGCAAGGAAUUACGGACUUCUCCAAAUUUAUUGGAGAAGAAAAUUGAAGAACUUGAAAAGGAAGUAGUUAAAGAGAAACAAGAAAAUCAAAAACUCCAGAAAAUGAUUCAGGAUAAAGAAGAUGUAAUUGGAAGACUCAAAGAAGAAAUUGAUUUAUUAAAUAGGGACCUAGAUGACACAGAAGAUGAAAAUGAACAACUAAAGCAGGAAAACAAAACCCUUUUAAAAGUGGUUGGACAACUGACAAGGUAGAAGAUCCUAGCCUCAGUGAGGAGAAUGAUUUGUAAAACUACUGAUUGAAUGUUGAGGUCAAUGCUAGGGCAAUAUUUUCCAUGCUGCAAUUCAUUAAAAUAACUAAGUGUGUAUUUAUUUCUUGGAAACUGAUGGAUGUUUAUUUUCAUAAUAUUUUUCUUUUUCAAUAUCAAUAAAAUUAAGGUAUCCACCUCAUUUCAUGAAAUAAGCAACAUUUUUCAGUUAUUGGAAUAGUUGAUAAGGGGCUAUAAAUUCUCUAGUUUAUGUAUUCUGAUAAUAUAUGUGGCCCAAAAUGGCUCAGAUUAUGUCUUCACCUCUCAGAUUAUCUCCCUCCCUUAAAAAAAAAAAAAAAAAGAAAGAAAAUAAAAGAAAUAGAGCAUAAAACUUUGUUUACAUGGAUCUGAAUAUAUUUUGGGAGUUUCUUGUUUUGUUUGAGUUGUUUGAGUAGCUGUAAAGUACAGAUUCCUUAUUAGUGAUGUGUAAGAUUUUUGCAUAAUGAGGACUCACUGUGACAAAAUCUUAUUCUUGGGGGUUUCUUUUUACUUAUUCUAAGAGAUUAGAAUAGUAGGUUAGCUCAGUUCUGUAUUGCAAUCAUCUUUUUAAAGGAAAGCAAAUUGUAAUUUCAUAACAGUCAAUCUCACAUAGUUGAGUUCAGUUAGAUAUUGUAUAAUAUAUAUGUAUAUAUUAUAUAUAUAUAUAUAUAUAUAUAAUAUACAUAUAUAUAUUUUAGAAAAGUACUUGAAUUAUGUGUUCCAUAGUAAAUACAAAUUUACCAUCUUGGGUCUGUAUAUUGAGAAUUUAAAGCGCUUUAACUUCUGCAAAAACGUACAAAUGUAAUGUUUAUGUAAAUGUUCUUAUGAAGUUUGUAGUUACUAUUUUUUAUUGUUUGCAGAAAGUUUAUUAGAACAUGUUUGUAAAAAGAAUGAUAAAACAACAUGUUUGUAAAAAGGAAAAAAAGGAAAUUCUUUUGUCUAUACACAAUUUCAGUUUAUAAUAAAAUACAUAUUCUUAACAUCUUUUUGCCUAAUAAAAAUGAAAAAUAUUUAUCUGGACUUAAACAAUUAUGGUAUUUACAUGAGCAUAAUUGUCACUAAGACCAAUGUUGAUUUUAUUCUAUAUUGCCUGUUACUUAUAAUCUUAGAUAAAGUCUUAUGUGUUGUAAUUUGUCCUUCUCUAAGAGAACUAGGGAUUUCUUACCCCGAAUUUGAAGCAGUUGUAUAUAUUAUUUUAAGAGCAAAUAAGAUUUUUUUUUCUCUUAAAGAUUUAUAAGUUGUAAAUAUGCUGUUAACCUGAUUUUAAUAGUGGUAGAAUGCUCUUUUACUCCAAAAUAUAUAUUUUGAAUACUUUGGG